GAAUCCGGAAACUUUCAUACAGAGCGCGCGUACCAACCCGGACAAAUACGGUGAAACACCGCGGUUGUUUAAAAAGAAAUCUUUGUUUGUUUUUAUUUACAGUUGAUGAGUUAAAACAAGGGUUUGAUUUUAACACAAACACGCUUUUGACUGAAUGUAAACAAGGUUCAAUAUUUACUCAUUCUGAAAGAGUGUGUCUAACAUGAAAAUAAUUGUGAUAAAGGAUGAACAAUCUAACUUUAUUUCCAUCUCGUAAACACCUGAAAAUGCGGAAUUAAGAAAAACUAUUUUUUAAUCUUAACUGAACAUUUGGCGUUUCUCAGUCACUGGAGAAGCAUUUCAUGUUUUAACUGACAGUCUGUGUGAUGAAUUGUUCAUCAAGGACCUUUUACCUUGGACAGCAUCCUAUAACAAAGAAAAAUGGUUUGCCUGUGGAUGAAAAAGCAACGACUAGAAGGCCGAGUCCUUUCCAUAAUGCUCAGCCGUCUGAACAUGGAAUACAGAAAAGGGGAAGCUGUAAUAGCACUUCUACUAUGCAAAAUGAGAAGAAACAGUUGAUGCCUCUGGAUUCAGAUUCAGUGAAGGAUGCAGGGAAUAUACAAGAGUCUAAAUUAACAAGAGGAACAUGCGGUAUGCCCGUGAAAGCACCUAAUUUGUCAGAGAAAAGAGCUCACCUUUCUGAAAUCAAUGAAAAUCAUGGUCAUCAAAAACUACAAGGCCAAAGUGAAGAAAAUAUUAAGCCAUUAGAUGCAGUGCCAUCAAUACCAUUACUGGAAAAUGGAAGAACAAAUAUGCCUGGCAAAAAAGCUAAGGACUUGAAGGACCUAGCUCAAAGGUUGUUGUUCAGUGAAACCAAGAGCAGCAGGGCAGGAAGGCAGAAGCUUGAUCACAAGUCAAAAUUUGAGCACGAGACAGAAAACUGUUCACCUCACAAAAAAACCUAUGACAACAAGCCGAAGUUAAAAUUCAGAGAAGAGACGUUGGCAACCGGUUCGAAUGGAUCUAUGAACGGUACAAAGGAUUACAUUCUGUUUAGUCCAACACACAUGGUGGCUGCUGCCAAAAAAAGAUCUGGUUUCCAGAAGCCGAUGCCAAAGCAUGGGAACCUGUCUGUCUCCAUCCUCACUCCUCCACCUGGUCUGGAUCUCAGCUCUAUGUGCAGCUCACCAACAGAUGCAGGGCACAGCAUCCACAUGGCGAUUCCUGCUGAUCAGGCAGACAAACUGCUGCUCUCCAGCUGGGGUCUUCCCAAACCUGUGCUGGAGAAGUACCAGAGUCUGGGUGUGAAGCAGAUGUUCGAGUGGCAAGCUGAAUGCCUCACUCUGGGCAAAGUGUUGGUGGGGAAAAAUCUUGUUUACUCAGCCCCAACAAGUGCUGGGAAAACUCUGGUUUCUGAGUUAUUAAUCUUAAAAAGAGUUUUGGAGACUAGACGUAAAGCCAUAUUCAUCCUCCCAUUUGUUUCUGUGGCCCGAGAGAAAAUGUUUUAUCUACAGAAUGUGUUUCAGGAGGCAGGUGUACGUGUUGAAGGCUAUAUGGGAAGCACUUCUGCUGCUGGUGGCUUCUCUGCACUCGAUGUCGCUGUGUGUACAAUAGAGAAAGCUAAUGGGCUCAUUAAUAGGCUCAUUGAAGAGGACAGAAUGGAUUUGCUUGGAAUUGUUGUGGUAGAUGAACUGCACAUGCUAGGUGACUCUGGCCGUGGAUAUUUGUUGGAGCUCUUGCUGACUAAAAUCCAGUACAUUGGAAAGAAAACAGCAGAGAAGUGCUCUGAUAAAAGUUCCCCAGAUGGUGUACAGAUUGUGGGAAUGAGUGCCACUUUGCCAAACCUGGAUCUUCUCGCUCACUGGUUAAAUGCUGAACUGUACCAUACAGAAUAUCGUCCUGUGCCGCUGAUGGAGUGGGUCAAGAUUGGUGCUAAGAUAUACGAUGGCGCCAUGAAUCUUGUCAGACCUUUCACUCCAGCUCUGCCUGUUAAGGGUGAUGAUGACCACAUUGUGAGCCUCUGCUUUGAGACGGUGCAGGCAGGUCAUGCUGCGCUGCUCUUUUGUCCCUCCAAAAACUGGUGUGAAAAGCUGGCAGACAGCGUUGCCAGGGAGUUUUACAACCUUCAUCACCACGAGAAGCAGUCAGAAUGUGGAGUGCACUCUGUGUCUCUGAACCUCGAUUGUCUCCAGGAUGUUGUAGCACAGUUAAAACGAACACCUGCAGGCCUUGAUGAAAUCCUGAAGCGCACAGUUCCCUGGGGUGUAGCCUUCCACCACGCAGGUUUGACAUUUGAUGAGCGAGACAUCCUGGAGGGUGCUUUUCGUCAGGGUUUCAUCAAGGUCCUAGUCGCUACUUCCACUUUGUCCUCCGGUGUAAAUCUGCCUGCACGCCGUGUGAUUAUCAGAACCCCAGUGUUUAACGGACAUCUGCUGGACAUACUGACCUACAAACAGAUGGUGGGACGAGCAGGACGUAAAGGAGUCGACACUGUUGGUGAGAGUGUCCUGGUGUGUAAGGAAUCUGAACGCAUGAAGGGCAUGAGUUUAAUCCAAGGCUGUCUAAAGCCCAUCAGCAGCUGCCUUGUGAAGCGUGAAGGAGAGGGAGUCACCACCAGCAUGCUCCGAGCCAUCCUGGAGAUCAUUGUGGGUGAAGUUGCAAGCACACCAGAGGAGGUGAAGAUGUAUGCUUCGUGCACGCUGCUGGCAGCCAGCAUGACGUCUGAACAACCCGAUCACCCUGGAGCAGCUCAGAGCCAGGGGGCUAUCGAGGCCUGCAUGGACUGGCUGAUGGAUAACGAAUUUAUUCACAUCCAAAAGGAAGGAGACGAAGAGAAGUAUUUUCCUACUCAUCUGGGUUCUGCCACACUGUCAUCAUCUCUAUCACCUCCGGAAGCUCUUGGGAUUUUCGCCGACCUACAUAGAGCAAUGAAAGGGUUUGUUCUUGAAAAUGAUCUGCAUAUACUUUACCAGAUAACGCCAGUGUACGUCGACUGGACAACAAUAGACUGGUACCAGUUCUUCUGUCUGUGGGAACAGCUGCCUUCUGCCAUGAAACGAGUUGCAGAGAUGGUAGGAAUUCAGGAAGGAUUUCUGGCACGUUCUGUCAGCGGGAAAUUAAUCGCCAAAACAGAAACACAGCGGAGACAGAUGGCUAUUCACAAACGUUUUUUCACAACGCUUGUAUUGUUGGAUCUGGUCAAUGAGGAACCUCUUGGAGUCGUGGCGAAGAAAUACGGCUGUAGCCGAGGACAGCUGCAGUCACUUCAGCAGUCUGCCUCAACCUACGCAGGAAUGGUUACAGUCUUCUGUAACCGACUCGGAUGGCACAACCUUGAGCUCCUGCUGUCGCAGUUCCAAAGUCGCCUGAGCUUCGGAGUGCAACGAGAGCUGUGUGAUCUGGUCCGUAUUUCUUUGCUGAACGCCCAGAGAGCACGAGCACUCUACAGUGCUGGGUUGGUUACCGUGGCUGAGGUCGCACGUGCAAAUGUUACUGAUGUGGAGAAAGCUUUGAGGAAAGCCGUUCCUUUUAAAAGUUCUCGGCAAGCGGUGGAUGAGAGCGAGGAGGAGGCUCAGGAACGCAGAAGCAUGCGAUGUAUCUGGGUCAGUGGGAAAAAGGCAUUGACCGAGAGUGAGGCUGCGCAACAGAUCGUGUCAGAGGCCAGGCUGCUUCUCCAGCAAGACUUGGCACUUCUCGGUGUGGAGUGGAACCCCAACUCAAUCUCGCCACAGGCUAUAACAAAUGCAUCUGAUGAAUCAACAGAUUCCAGUUUACAGUCUGCUGAGGGUUCAUCCAAUGAGACUAAUGUAAGAACUGAGAAAUUUAUGAAGCUCGGAAAAGGACAUCAUAUACCAGCUGAUCAGAAUCCUUCAUCUGAUAAUGCUCAAAGUCAUACAAACUCAAAAUGUAUGUCUGUAAAUGUAGAAAACACAAUGACACUUGAAACCCAAUCUAGUGCUUUACACAAAGUACUAAAAUCCAUAAGUGUCAAAGACAAAAUAGGUCAGCAUGGCUGCAACACUGAGAUUUCAGAAUCAUCAAACUGUUACCAAAGUUCUGAUUUACACGGAAACUCAAACUCAUGUAAUGCUGAGCAAUCUGCGAAACCACUAUCCAAACGCAGACGGGUCGAAGAUGAAGAAAAAAAUGGGGAUUAUGUGUCAAGAGUAACCGCAGCUGAAAAACCCUUUUUAGUUACAGAUGAAAAGGUUAGGCCAUCAACAACUGCUAAAGCUGAAAACCGUAAGCAACAGACAUGCUGUUUAUCAUCUAUUCCAUUACAUCUUAAUAAAGAAUUAGCGUUAACUGCUCAACCCCAAUUUCCGUCUUAUGGAGAAAAAACACCUACUGAUUCAAUCAGAAAUGAAAAUGAAAUCUUAAAUGAUAUAAACAGGAUGUCUAUGUCAGAAAAGGAGAAAUACGCUGACUGUUACCAGAAAGAGCCCAUUGCAAAUAAUAUUUUAAGACAACCCAGUCCUGGUACUUCUGUGAACUUUUUGAUGAGCGCAAAUGUAAAGUCUCGAGUUUCGUCUGAAGAAAUGCUAAUUUCAGGAGAAAAGUGUAAUUCUCCAGAUUUGUACACAGGGGAAUUGGAAGAAUUUGGGGAUAGUUUUCAGCUCGACACUCAGACUGAAAGAAUGUUGCUGCAAGAGGACAAAUUGGCUCAUAGCAACGACGAUUCAAAGACUAAUCAUAAAUUCAGGACUACACAUUCAGGAUUCGGGAGUUAUGGUGUGACUCAUCUAAUCUCUCAUUCUGACAGUGAUAGUCUAGUGACUGAGAACAUUCCAAAUGCAUUGCCUUCAAUUAUUCCCAAACCAAAGUACAACAUUUCACUCACAGACAGUCAAAUGGAGAACCUUUUAAACUUCACAAACAACACAAAUGAAUCACGUGAAACACACAUAAAUGCGAAUCCCCAGGCUCAAACAGACAAUUCAGACCCUGUAACAAAAAAGAUACCCGAAGGCAUUGUGGACAACAGUCCCAACAGAAGCAGCAGUUUUCUCUUUGAUAGCUUGUAUGACAGCUCCAUCUUGGAGGCCAUGGAGGACGAGGCAGACUUUGCUGAAGAAUAUGAAAAUGACAAAUCAGUAGAUGCAAAUACAAGUUCACGUUCACCCACCAUGCCAUUAAACAACGAGAACAAAGUGGUCGUGGAAGUGGAAGAUCAAGAAGCAGUACAAUGGGGCGAGUCUUCUUUUAACCUGUCUGAAUGGGGCGAUUCGUUACUCAUAGGAGAGCACUAUCUGGAGAAGCGGAACAGCGAAUUUAAGGUUUGCACCGGACCAAUAGAUAGCAUGAGAGAAGCAGAUAAGCCUUGUUACACAGAUGACAUCGUGUCUGAGAUACUAGUCUCGCAAACUAACGCACGCCGUUCAGAAAGUAUGACCGAUUCUUCGUUUCACCUGAGCCCGGGGAUGCAAGACCUUCUUGAUAAGUGGUCUGACCAGUUUUCAACCUUCCAUGAACCUCAACGGCAACUAAAUACAAAUGUGACAGAACAAAAGGUGGAGUCUGCUGAAGUUGAGCCUGAGCGUGCAAGUCAAAAAGGUUCAGAUGAUUUACAUGUAGGGAAACGAAAUUCAGUGAACCAUGAUCUUAUUCCUCCCACACCAGUAUGUGAACCUGUCACACCCCGAGUCAAAAUGACAACUUCCACUGUACAGUCUCCUCUAAAUCACCAAACUCACAUUGAGUCUCAAUUAAAUUUAUGUCCAAAUUCUGGCCCCAAGGAUAAUCAGCAACUUUGUGUAGAGCUGAAGGCCAAGUCACAAUCAGAGACGUCGGUGACUGAUGAGGGCUUUUCACUGCAGCUUUCACAGGAUGCCUCUAUGUCCAGUUCUGCCUUCAGCAGUUCGCAAUCCUUCUCUAUUAUUGACGUAGCAAGUGAUAAAAGACUUUUUGAAACUUUUGUAAAGGAGUGGAAAACAAAAAAGAGAUUUUCUCUGGCUGUUGCCUGUGAGAAGAAAGAUGGCACAGCGCAGCCUGAAUCGGUUAUAGGGAGCAAAUUUAAAAAAGCGACCACACCAAUGAGGACCAAAAGAAAAGACGGCUUUGCCAUAAAAGGACAUGAGAAUCUAAUUGUAACUGGUUUAUCUAUAUGCUGGGGAGGAAAGGAUGCAUAUUACGUAUCACUACAACAGGAAUUAGCAGACACGGCAGAUAUAAGUGCAAGCUUAGCACCACCUCCAAUUGAUGAAAAUCUGGCAGUGGAAGAGAGGAUGAAGAGCAUUCAGACCUGUGUGACACGGCCCACUUCUGGUGCUCAGGGUGUGACUGUUACCUAUGACUAUAUUCAGGUGUACAAGACUCUCGUCCUGGCAUGUGGACUUUCAAUAAGUGGCAUAUUUGAGGACCCAAAGGUUGCUUGCUGGCUUCUGGAUCCUGGCUCGAAGGAGCGCACACUUCACAACAUGGUGACAAACUUUACUCCGGACGAUCUGCCCUUGUUGGAAGGAAUUAGCCCAGGACAGGGUGUGGAAAGUCUAGGAAUAUAUGGAGACUCAAGUCAUUCCGGUCGAUACAGAGCAGCAGUCGAGUCUGUACUUAUCUUCAGAGUCAUGACACAACUCAACGUCCUCAUGAAAAAAGAUGGGUUCUUAGAUGUAUUCCAGCGAGUAGAGAUGCCCACACAGUACUGCUUGGCUCUCUUGGAGCUGAAUGGUAUUGGGUUUAGCGUCACUGAAUGCGAAGCUCAGAAACAUGUGAUGCAGGCUAAACUCAGUGACCUGGAAAACAAAGCCUAUCAAUUGGCUGGUCAUAGCUUCUCUUUGACCAGUCCAGAGGAUGUUGCUGAGGUCUUGUUCCUCGAACAGAAGCUACCUCCAAAUGGUGAUUUUAAUUCUUUAAAGAAUAAAAAGACUCUGGGCUACACCAGGCGAGGAGGAGCAGGAGCUCAUGUCAAACUUUCCAAACAGUUUAGCACAACAAAGGAUGUUCUAGAAAAGCUCCAGCCAUUGCAUCAGCUACCUGGGGUCAUUCUAGAGUGGAGGAGAAUAACAAAUGCCAUGACCAAAGUGGUUUUUCCCCUGCAAAGGAAAAAGUGCUGGCACCAUAAACUAGAGAUGGACAGAAUUUACUCCGUAUCUCAAACACAUACAGCUACAGGAAGGGUGAGCUUUACAGAACCCAAUAUACAGAAUGUACCAAAAGAUUUUGAAAUCCAAAUGCCAACCCUUAUUGGAGAAAGCCAACCAUCACAAAAUAACAUGGCCCUUAUCUCAAACAAGACAAGGGCUAAAAUAUCCCGGACACGACGUCAGUUGGUGUCACUGAUCAAAGAUUCAGACAGAUACCCAGAGAAGGGGAUGCCUUUUUCUGUUAGCAUGAGACAUGCUUUUGUUCCUUUCUCAGGAGGAUUAAUAUUGGCUGCAGACUACUCCCAGCUGGAACUCCGUAUUUUGGCACACUUGUCCCGUGACAGACGGCUUCUCCAGGUCCUCAACAGUGGCGAAGACGUUUUCAAAAGCAUUGCUGCAGAAUGGAAGAUGGUGGAUCUGGAAUCAGUUGAUGAUUGUAUGAGACAACAAGCUAAACAGAUUUGUUAUGGAAUAAUCUAUGGCAUGGGAGCAAAGUCAUUAGGAGAGCAAAUGGGUAUUGAUGAAAAUGAUGCUGCCUGUUACAUUGAGACAUUCAAGUCCAGAUACACAGGUAUACAGGCGUUUCUUCGUGAAACCGUAAAGAACUGCAGUAAAAAUGGCUUUGUGAAGACGUUACUUGGGAGGAAGCGGUUUUUGCCUGGAAUCAAGGAGUCAAACAUGUAUAUCAAGUCUCAUUCAGAAAGGCAGGCAGUCAACACGACAGUCCAGGGCUCUGCAGCAGAUAUCGUCAAACUGGCUACUAUCAAUAUCCAACGUAGACUGGAGGAGGCUUUUCCUGAAGUGCUGCUAUCACAUCAGCAUUACCUCAGUGGGCCAGACAAAGGAAGGUGCAGGUCUCGGUCCAAACCUUCUAAAGGAGCCUUCUUUAUACUCCAGCUUCAUGACGAACUUAUUUAUGAGGUUGCAGAGGAGGAUGUCAUCCAGGUUGCACAAAUUGUGAAAGGGGAAAUGGAAGCUGCUGUGAAACUGUAUGUGAAGCUCAGAGUGAAGGUUAAAGUGGGCCCAAGCUGGGGAAACCUUCGAGUUGGAUAUAUAUCUAUUGCUAUGGAUUUCUUAUUCCAGAGUUGCUGCUUUACAAAAUUACUGUAUUUAAUUCUAUUAUCCUUAAUGAAUAUGUACAUGAACUUUUAAAGGAUGUCUAGUUAUUACAGUGUAAAAAUGAAUUUAUAUUCUUAUUUUUAUCCUGUAAAUAAAAACCAAAAAAGAGACAACUUUCAAAUGACUUUAAUAAAUCUGCCAAUCACACCCUGUCUGAACACUAUUUAUUAUUAUGCAAUUACAGUUCGGACAGUAUGUAUCUAAAGCACUUGGUACAGUUAAGAAAGGAAGGUACGUACAGUGCCUUUUACCAAGCCUCUACAUAUGGGGCACUUGCGUAAUGAAGGAGCACACUCUUUACACACCACCAGGUGCCCACAUGGUAUAAAGACAAUGUUGACCUCUUUAUCCAUGCAUACUUUACAUGUGCGUUCUUCUUGAAGUCUCCGGAGCUGUUCCUCCAUUGGCAAGUCUGUAAAAUAAUUUAAAACACAUUACUUUUAAUAAAUAGUUUCCGUAUUGUUCAGUCUUUUAGGGCAGGAUCUGUAUCUGAUUCCCUUAGUGGAAAAAGCUACAAACUG